AUUUAAUCCGGUGACGCCAGCAGAGACCAACAGAAGCAGCAGCAUCUGCCGGACAGAGACGCCAAAUCGGCCCAGCAGCUCCGGUCACCAGAGAGCCACCUUCAUCAUCACCUUCAUCAUCCUCCUGUAGAGGCUCUCUGAUUGGUCGCCUCCAACAUGCUCCGCCUCCUGCUCCUCUUCCUCUCUGCUGCCAUGUUGCUGCCAGGAGCUGCUGGACAGUUUGAAGAAUUUGCUAAUAACACAGAGGUGAACAUCAGCUCAUGCCCCAUCACGUACUUUGGACAGAAAUACGAACAACUUUAUCUGAACUUCACCAGUAACAACUUUGUUCUCUGUUUCACCGGCUUUUAUGAGCCUCAUGGCAGAGGAGACUGCUUGGUGAUGCCUAAAACAGACAACACAUACUUUUUACUUGGUAGUUUGCUUGACUACCGGUAUGUUGAACAAGACAUCGUCCAGAAUCUGCCAAGCAUUAAGAACACUGGGGAGUGCUUCGUGGCCCUUGUAAUCUCUGGAUACACUUUUCUUCUAGUAAACUUUGGAUCACAAACUGCUUUUCUGAAUUCAGACCAAUCAGUGUUCCCUGAUUUUCUGGUGGAUGGAAACAAAGUUUUCCCUCUGAAUGUUACAAACCAGCAAGCCUACGCAGAUCUGAGCGGCUGCAGGUCAUCAGGCGUUCUGUUCAGACCUGGAGACGUCAGCUCUGAUCCAAAAACCUGCAGGACUCUCACCUGUUCUCAGUCUGCAGUCCUCCAGAAUACCAGCUGUGGGCCCACGGAGCGUUGUCAAGGCAACGGCGUCUGCUCCUCGUUGGGCUCCGUCUGCACGGUGACGGGUCCGGCUGUGGUGGACUUCCAGGGCCAGCAGAACUCUGUGAAGGACCGGUGCUGGUACUCUCUGCUGAGGAUCCCAUCAGGCCCAGACUUCCAGGUUCUGGUCCACUUCCAGGAGCGGCGCCGUAAAGACGUGAGCUUCCUGGACGGCGUGACGCUGCGACUGAACGGGUCGGCCGUUCACAUCCAGCUGAAACAAGGAGGCAGAGUUCUGCUGAACGGCUCGCCGCUGACCCUCAACGGCUCGGUUCAGACGGGUCACGGUGUGAAGCUCUCCAAGGACCAAACUGGAGUCACUGUCCAGGCGUCCCUGUCCAACUUCUCUGCUUCUGUCUUCUUUGACGGCUCCACGGCUCAGAUCCACCUGAAAGGUUCUGAUGGACUGCCUCUGCAGGGUCUGUGUGGAAACGCCAGCAGGUCUCUGAGUGAAGAGCGGCUCUCUGAGGACGGCUCCACCAGCUGUGAGGCGCAGUACACCGACGCUACUGACAUAACCAUCAACUGCACCAAGAUGGCUGAACGCUGUAGCCUCCUGAAGGAGGCGUCCUUCUCCUCCUGCGGCGUGGACCCGGAGCCCUACAUGGCCGCCUGCACAGACACUUUGUGCCGCUAUCCGGAUCUGGACGGCCUGAGCUGUCGGUUCCUGGAGGCCUACGCCAGAGCCUGCAGCCUGCAGAGCAGCGCCGCACCGGAGGACUGGAGGUCCAAGGCUCAGUGCUCGCCCCCUGGGGCCGUCUGUCAGGACAGGACCUGCAGCGAUCACGAGUUCUGUGGAGAGAAGACAGCUGGAGGAGAAACUCGCUGCUUCUGUCGGGCCAUUUUUGCCUCCAAGUACAGACAGACGAACUCUUUGGGUGAUCCGCCGGUCUGCAGGCAGAGCUCUACUUCUCUCUCUCUGGUCGGGUGUCUCCUGGAGGACAAAGGCAUCGACUACUCUGUCUUACAGCUCAAAGAUCCAACCUGCAGAGGUCAGAUGGACCAGCAGACCCACAUGGUGACCUUCAGCUUCAACAGCACCGACCUCUGUGGGACUGAGGUCACGACCAACAACAGCCAAACCAUCUACAAGAACGCCAUCAUGACACAGAACCUCUCCUCUGGAGGAAUCACUCGCCAAGACCAGGUCUACAUCGGGUUUUCCUGCGUUGAGACCCAGCCGGACAUACAGACGGUGGCUUUCAGGGUCAAAGACAGCUCUGUGGUUCAGUUCGUCUCAUCCGGACCUUGGAAUUACUCUCUGACCAUGAAGGCCUACACCGACGCCAACCGAACUCAAGCUGUGGCCUCAAACACCGAAGUUCGCCUGAACCAGAAGAUCUGGGUGGAGCUGGAUGCCGACGGCCUGGAUGAAAGCCUGGUUGCCGUGGUGAUGGACUCCUGCUGGGCGACGGACCAGGAAUCGGCCAACGCUAGCCGUAAAUAUUACCUGAUCGAGAACGGUUGUCCAAACCCUGAGGACCAGACGGUGAGCGUGGAGGCAAAAGGAAGGGGAACCUCCAACUCCUUCUCCUUCAACAUGUUCCAGUUCACUGGGAGCUCUGCUCAGGUCUACCUGCACUGCAAACUGCAGCUCUGCAUCAAACAGGAGAACACCUGCGUCAAGACGUGUGCUGGAACUCGGAGACGCAGAUCUGUCCGGUCCCAGUCUGGAGCUGCUGCCUUCAUCAGCAUGGCUUGGACUGCCUAGGUGAAGGACCUCAAACUCCAUGAAGAUCCAGUCUGUGGACCGGUUCUGAUCCAGACCCGGGUGUUAUGAGGAAAUCUCUGACACAUAGCGGUUCUACUGCUGAGCGUUUCUUUGUUUUAAUCAAAUGUGGUGAAGGGAAGUGAGUGAAACACUAAACUAAUCAGAGUUUAUAGUUGGUCUUCAAUGAAAGAAGCUUUUUGAUUCUCACCUUGUCUGAGCUCAACACAUUGUAGAUGUGAAACAUCCCAUAAUGCACAGAGGAAAACAGAGAGCAGAAUGAGGCUGCAGUGGUUCACAGUGAGCUUCAAUGUUUCAGUCAGCUCUACAAUCAGGAGGAAUUUGAUUUCAUUUCUAGUCUCAAUGAUCAGUAAAGGUUUAGCAGGGAUUGGUGGCUGUUACUGAGCCGUUUUUCUUCUUCUGAAGCUGAAAUUUACAGAAACUCCAACAUGACGUUUGUAGGUUGAUGUCAGUUUUUAACAUCUAUAAAAUUAUUAUCAAGUUGAGUUUUCAAUUCAGAAAGUUAAAGCAGAGUUUUAACUCUUACAAAUGUAAAACUGGAGCACUUCCCCCUCUUGUGGCUACAAUUUGUAUUACAUACAAGCUUUAACUGGUCAUUUGUUUUAAUUCUUCUAAACUUAGACAGAAUAAAAGCCAUUUGAGGUCAAAUAAAUGAUUUUUUUCCAUUCUGCUUUCGGCCUUUUGUAGUUUUUCUUCAGUCUUUGGAUGGAUUGUUGUUGUUUCUUGUUUGGUUUUCAUGUUGGACAUCUGAUGUGCGGCGGCGACAUAAAGAUCAGCACUUUUGAUUUCUAAUCACUAAAAUAUUAAAGUGUCCAAUGAUGAUUAUUAAUCAAACAUUUUUAGUUUUUAUAAUAACUACUUUGGAUGAAGGUGAUUAAAGUUGUAAUUCAUGUUUUAAUCAGCAAAUAAACCUUAAAAAUAAAA